CCUCCCAGCUUGCUGGGCAUUGCUGUGAAGGACAACAUAGCAACAGUUGGAUCGAGAACAACUUGCGGGUCUGGAAUUCUCAGAGAAUAUAAAAGUCCUUUCGAGGCAGGUGUUGUUCGCAACCUUCACCUGCAUGACUAUGCAGUCCGUGGCAAGACGAAUUUGGAUGAAUUUGGAAUGGGCUCACAUUCGACGCAUUCGUUCUUUGGUCAUGUUGCUAACGCCUGGCCCUUUAACAACCUCUCAGCUGGAGGGAGCUCCGGCGGAAGUGCAGCGGCCGUCGCAUCAGAACAAUGUUCAGCAGCUUUGGGAACAGAUACUGGUGGAUCGGUCAGGCUGCCAGCAGCAUAUACCGGGAUUGUAGGCUUCAAGCCUUCAUACGGUACGAUAUCUCGUUGGGGUGUUGUUCCGUAUGCAAAUUCCAUGGACACUGUGGGAAUUAUGGCCUCGGACGUAGCAUCUAUCAAAGAAGCAUUUCAUAAGGCUAAGCUGCACGACCCCCGAGACCCAACCUGUAUCUCUGAUAAGGCAUGGAAACGUUUGCAACCUCAACGAAACGCAGCGAUUCUCAAAAUGGACGCUAAAAGGAGACGCAUGUCCGAGGCACAUGCUUUGAAUAUGGUUGGUGUCAGGAUUGGAGUGCCUUUGGAAUAUAACAUUUCAGAAUUGGAGCCUGGAAUACGGCAAGCUUGGAGGGAUUGCUUGGGGACGUUGCAAGACCAAGGGGCUGUCAUUGUGCCCGUUUCUCUUCCAAAUACAAAACAUGCUCUCUCGGCAUAUUAUGUCCUUGCCCCCGCUGAGGCAGCUUCCAACCUGUCCAAAUAUGACGGUGUUAGGUAUGGGACUCGAGAUGGUCUACCAGAUGGAUCCAAUGGUGUCCUAUACUCUAGAACACGAGGCAAUGGCUUUGGGGACGAAGUCAAGAGACGUAUCCUUCUUGGAUCGUACACUUUGAGCUCGGAGGCGGUUGACAAUUACUUUUUGAAGGCUCAAAAAGUCCGAAGAUUGGUGCAGCGAGACUUCGAUCGCAUUUUCGCUGCUCCCAACCCUCUUCGACAGGCAGAGCAAUUUGACCUCAAGGAUAUGGAUGAGUCUAUUCAGAUGUCUAGCAAACUAGGCCCCACUCAGGUUGAUUUCAUCGUCUGUCCCACGGCCCCGACGCUGCCUCCCACUCUCGACGAUGCAUCAAAACAAACGUCUGUUGACACCUACAUGAACGAUGUUCUCACUGUACCUGCAAGCUUGGCCGGUAUCCCCGCGAUUAGCGUUCCAUUUCCAAUACCUGAAGAAUUCCUGAGCGAAGGCAAGCCUGCCUUUGCAGGCAUGCAGAUCAUUGGGCAGUACGCCACUGACUCUGCACUUAUUACAAUAGCAGAAAUCAUGGUGAAC